AUGAGCGGAAGAGGCAAAACCGGAGGCAAGGCCAGGGCGAAGGCAAAGACACGUUCAUCCCGUGCCGGGCUCCAGUUCCCCGUGGGCCGUGUGCACAGGCUGCUGCGUAAAGGCAACUACGCCGAGCGUGUGGGCGCUGGCGCACCAGUGUACCUGGCCGCAGUGCUCGAGUACCUGACUGCUGAGAUCCUGGAGUUGGCCGGAAACGCUGCCCGUGACAACAAGAAGACUCGUAUCAUCCCCCGUCACCUGCAGCUGGCAGUCCGUAACGACGAGGAGCUGAACAAACUGCUUGGCGGCGUGACCAUCGCUCAGGGUGGUGUUCUGCCCAACAUCCAGGCAGUGCUGCUCCCCAAGAAGACUGAGAAGGCCGUCAAAGCCAAGUAA